AUAAGGCGUGACUACCAAGUAAUUUCAAAAUGGCGGACGAAGAAGGGAACACAAAUGAAAAUAUUGAACCAAAACAAAAAGAUUUCUGUGGAUAUGCUCUGUACACGUACAAUGCACGCAGACCUAAGAGUGCUGAAGUAGAGGAAAAUAAAAACGGCGAAGACGGUGAAGAUGGAGCUGUGUCAAGCAAAGGUGUAGCUGAGGGAUCUGUAUCAGAUUUUCUUCGCAAGGAAGCGACAACUAAUUAUGAUUUUAGUCUAUCUCUUUUGAGCACAAAUCUAUCAGGAGAGCAGGAAACAGAACUUAGAACUUUCAUGGCCAAACGACUUGCCAAAGGAACAGUCUACAGUGGCAAUGGAAAUAUCAAUGUACUAGAAAAUGUUUUUCCUGAUGACUCAGCACUUUGCUACUACUGUUUGCUGAGAGGAGGAAAGGAAAGUGGUGACAACAUUGAACAACAAGACAUGGAUUCCCGUGGAUUUGGGAGUUUUCUAUCUAGGGAUUAUGUCAUCUGUCUUGUUUCUGGGAGCAAAAGUGGAUUAGAAUUAUUUCAAAAAGAACUUGAUGAGUACAGCAAAGAGCUUUCACCAUACAUUGACAAAUAUACUGAAUCACUUGAUGUUCAAGAGAGCUUCAAACAUCUAGAAUUUUGGUAUGAAGAAAAUGUUGAGUUUGUGUGUCGAUGCACAAAUCUAUUAAAGGAAGACCUGGCUGUUCUUAUAGGACUGGGUCUGUUAGGAGGAAACUUAGACAUACAAAGUGACGAUGAAAAGCUUAAAAAGGACUUGAAGAUGUUUGUUGAGGCCUGCAGCAUGGUGAAUGUGCUGGGAACAUCAGUUGACAUCCCUAAGGAUAUGGAAAACAAGAAACUCUCCAAGUGUUGUACAGGCAUACCCAGCAAUGUCACCAUGAAGACAAAUGAGGAGGGGUAUGCUCUCAGCAGCAAAGUAAGUACGCAGUUUUGUAGAGAAUGGGCAAAAACCUUGUUGAGUGAAGCAGUGGACAAUCCUGUCUUCCUUCGACAAGUGAUUGAGAACUACAAGCUAAGGGUAAACCAUGAUUUGAAUACAUUAAAGAGACUCCUGAGACAGGCAGAGACUGAUCAUUAUGCUUUGUACAGGUCGUAUGUCUUUCUCCUGAAAUGUGGAAAUGGCCCCAUUUUGCUCCGAAAUGCCACACUCGAAGCGCACGCUCUUUGUUCCGAUGAUACUCUCAAUAUAAUUAAAGUACUUGAGGAGUACAUCGAGGAGAACAAUAACUUUGGAAUCGAAGCUCUGGCGGAAUGAACAGAAACGAUAACAUGGGAAUUCAGUUUCCUCUUUUGAGUGCAUCUCUGAAGGGCCCAGCCCAUCGAAUUUUUUUCAGUCAAGAAUACUGUUACAAUUUUAAAAUGGCCAUGUAUACUUCAUAUUUAAUACA